AUACCGUGAACAACUGUCUAAGAGUUGAACGGGUACUGUGUAUAGAAGAUGAAUGGGGUAUUUUGUAAAAAUGAGUUUGUUGGUUGUUACAUAGAAAUGAUAGAUGAAAUAGGUAUUUUGGAUUUGUUGAGAGAAAGAGGACGUCUUUCAUAAAAAAUUUUGGGAUUAUCUAAAAUUUUAGGAUUUUGAAUUAUCUAAAAUAGUUAUAAAUAUUUAAAUUUAUAUAAAAUAAAUAAAUAUAGAUAUUAAUACAAAAAUUCUAAAUUAAUAGAUUAAGUAUUAAAAAUAUAUAUUUAUUUCUAAAACUUAUUUAUUUAAAUGAAAAUAAAAAUUAAUAAUUUUUUUUAUAAUGGUUUUAUUUAGAAUAUAUUUGCUAGAAAAAUUGAUAUUUAUAUUUUGAAAGGAGAUUCAUGAUUAUUUUUUAAAAUUUUCAAAAUAUUGAAUUUAAACAAAUAUAUUAUAUAUAAAAAAUUAAUAGUUUUCUAUAAUAUUUAGUAUGAGUGAUAAAUAAAAAAGUUUCAAAUAUAUAUAUUUUAAUAUACUUCUAUCCCUAUAUGAAUAAUAUUCUCUUUAUAUAUUUAUUAAUUUUUAAAAUUUAUAUGACUGUAUUUAUUUUUGUAAUAUAUUCAAUAAUUUUAUUAAAAUUUUUGGAGUUUUUAAUAUAACAUAUUUUGCGUAUUGUGUAAUAUAUUUAAUAACACGAAUUUGAAUUAUGAAUGGUGAGGGGUUGGUAAAGUCGAAGCCGGGCUCAUUUUCAACACAGGAGAGAUGGAUCCCGUGGUUACGCAAAAGUCUUCAAAUCUCUCUAUUAAUUAACUCUAUCCGAUCGUCCAAACCCAUGCACGUGAUCGUGGGACCCCUGUUUAUCUAAAUCUAAAACUAAUGUACAAACAGAAUUCGUGGGACUUUCCUUACCGGAAAUCCGCCGUGAGGAUAAUUUUUUUUUUUAUUAUUGAGGGAAAAAGGCCGGUUGGUUGGGUGGUGGAACCUCCACAUCCAUUCACCCACCUCUCGGUGUAGAGUAGCUAAGGACAAGACCCGUGAGCAAAAGCCAAAAACCGCGAGAUUAAAGAAUUUGUAAGUAUUGGGAAUCGACUGGAAUCAAACGGUGAUGGAAAGUGGUUAGGUUAAGACUAUUGUUUCUACGAUGGCUAAAGAUUUUGACCGUGUGGGAUCCACCAAAGGAGUGGGGUAUAGAGAGAUGGAGGGUGGUUACACAUGGAGAUUGCUUAUGGGUUUGAUUUUGCAGAUAUAAAGAAGUGACAGAGAUAAAACUGUGACAGAGCUUUGAGAAAGAAUCUCGAGAUGCAGAAGGAGAGAUGGAUAUGAAGGGCGCACACGUGAUGAAAGCUAAUACCUCGCUCUGAUUUAAGCUGUCCCCGCUUUUGUCAUAACGCAAUCAUUCAACGAACCAGACAAAGAGGACCGUCCCCAUUACCUUUCUUUCUUCCUAGCUUUUGCAUGAUUUCACACACGAAAACAUCCCUCCUCUCUGCUCUCUGUUUUUCGUUAUAACAGAGAAUCGGUUCCGCUUCUUCUUCAUUCCCUGGUCUCAACAACUCAGGGAGUGAUCAGGAGACGGUGAAGAGGAUGAAGGGGUUGGGAUUUCUUCUUACUGUUGCGCUUACGCUUCUGGGUUUCUGCCACGUAUUUGUGGCGGCAGUGGAGAGGAACGAUGAAGAGAGGAGGACCUACAUCGUUCACAUGGCCACAUCCCAAAUGCCGGAGAGUUUCCAGGAGCGUGCACACUGGUACGACUCGUCAUUGAAAUCGGUAUCAGAAUCAGCUGAAAUGCUCUACAAAUACAGCAACGUCAUUCAUGGGUUUUCGACACGGUUGACUGCUGAGGAGGCCCGAUCGCUCCAGGGUCGACCUGGGAUUCUCUCCAUAUUGGAGGAGGUGAGAUACGAGCUUCACACCACUAGGACACCAGAGUUUCUUGGGCUUGACAAGAGCGCCGAUUUGUUUCCUGAAUCAGGGUCAGCGAGCGAAGUAAUCAUCGGGGUACUCGACACUGGCAUUUGGCCGGAGAGCAAAAGCUUCGAUGAUACCGGGCUUGGACCCAUCCCCAGUAGCUGGAAAGGCGAGUGCGAAACUGGCACCAACUUCACUUCCUCAAGCUGUAACCGUAAACUAAUAGGGGCCAGGUUUUUCUCCAAAGGCUACGAGGCUACUCUGGGACCAAUCGAUGAAAGCAAAGAGUCGAAAUCGCCAAGAGACGACGAUGGUCACGGAACCCACACUGCAACCACAGCAGCCGGUUCUGUAGUGGAAGGAGCGAGCCUAUUCGGGUUCGCAGAAGGGACGGCGCGUGGUAUGGCCACGCGCGCCAGAAUAGCUGCAUAUAAAGUGUGCUGGAUAGGAGGAUGCUUCAGCACGGACAUAUUGGCGGCCUUGGACAAGGCAGUGGAAGACAACGUCAACAUUCUUUCACUGUCGCUAGGUGGUGGAAUGUCCGAUUAUUAUCGAGAUAGUGUUGCCAUGGGAGCUUUUGGGGCAAUGGAAAAGGGCAUUCUCGUGUCCUGCUCAGCCGGAAAUUCAGGCCCCAGUCCCUACAGUUUAUCAAAUGUCGCACCAUGGAUCACCACCGUCGGUGCCGGAACCUUGGAUCGCGACUUCCCUGCCUUCGUUAGCCUCGGCAACGGCAAGAACUACUCCGGCGUGUCCCUCUACAGAGGCGACCCACUACCGGGAACGCUACUUCCAUUUGUUUAUGCUGGUAAUGCGAGUAACGCACCAAAUGGGAAUCUAUGCAUGACCAAUACGUUGAUACCAGAGAAAGUAGCUGGAAAGAUGGUGAUGUGUGAUCGCGGGGUGAACCCUAGGGUUCAGAAGGGAUCGGUGGUGAAAGCAGCUGGUGGUAUCGGCAUGGUUUUGGCCAACACUGGCACCAACGGGGAAGAGCUUGUGGCUGACGCCCACUUACUGCCGGCAACGGCGGUUGGCCAGAAGUCCGGCGAUGCCAUUAAGAGCUAUCUGUUUUCGGAUCACGACGCUACCGUUACAAUUCUCUUUGAAGGUACAAAGGUCGGUAUCCAACCCUCACCGGUGGUGGCCGCCUUUAGCUCGAGAGGUCCCAACUCAAUCACCCCCGAUAUUCUCAAACCUGAUCUGAUAGCUCCAGGUGUCAACAUCUUAGCGGGAUGGUCGGGUGCAGUGGGUCCCACUGGGUUACCAACCGACAAAAGACACGUGGAUUUCAACAUUAUUUCGGGCACCUCCAUGUCUUGUCCUCACAUUAGUGGGCUAGCUGGACUUUUAAAAGCGGCCCACCCAGAGUGGAGCCCUGCUGCAAUACGCUCAGCCCUCAUGACCACCGCCUAUACAAACUACAAGAGCGGGCAAAAGAUCCAAGACGUUGCCACCGGAAAGCCAUCCACAGCUUUUGAUCACGGCGCUGGCCAUGUGGACCCAGUAUCUGCCCUCAAUCCGGGCCUCAUCUACGAUCUAACCGUUGACGACUAUCUCAACUUCCUCUGCGCCAUAAACUACAGCGCGCCACAGAUCUCCAUUCUCGCCAAGAGAAACUUCACGUGUGACACAGAUAAAAAAUACAGUGUGGCCGAUCUUAACUACCCCUCCUUUGCGGUUCCACUCCAAACCCCACUAGGUGGUGGCGGCGAAGGCUCGUCCACAGUGGUCAAGCACACGCGCACUCUCACAAAUGUGGGCUCACCCUCAACGUAUAAAGUCUCAAUAUUUUCAGAGAGCGAGUCAGUUAAGAUUUCGGUUGAGCCGGGAUCGCUGAGUUUCAGCGAGUUGAAUGAGAAAAAAUCUUUUAAAGUAACCUUCACCGCCACCUCAAUGCCGUCAAACACCAAUAUUUUCGGCCGCAUCGAGUGGUCGGACGGCAAGCACGUGGUCGGAAGUCCAAUCGUGGUCAGCUGGACCUAGGAUCAAUAAGGAGUAGAAGAAGAAAGAGACUGUAGGACACUCGCUCGAAAGAGAGGGAGUGGUAGUUGAUUAUUGUUGUUUUUCAAAUGCCUUAUGUUCUUGUUUUCCAGCAAAAAGAAGCAAAAAAAAUCCAAAAAAUUGUAGCUGGUUCCAGUGUUCGAUGAUGUUCCCUGAGAGAAAAAACAUGGAAAACCCAAGAAAGUGGGUGUGUUUUCUUGCUCAGUGUACAGUAUUAUUGACGGUAUGUAUGUUUAAUUAAUGGAUUGAUGAAUCAAGAGAGCAUAUGAUAUAAAUAAUCAGUUUGUUUGUGAGUCU